UGACAGAUCGUAUCACUUCAGAAAAGUGAUCUCUCUAAAAACCACCCAUCAGUCAAGUUUCAACUUUCAGAUAAAUUUUAGUAUUUAAAAAAGUUAACUUAAAAUUAUCAGAAUAUUCCAGUGCUGCCGCGUGUACAUCUGAACACUUCAUUCUACUUUCCGCUUUAGUUGAUAACAUAAUUGCUUUUUUUUUCGAUUUUUAACUAUGGAUACCUAUGAAAGUGUCUUGUUAGUUAAAUCUGAAGUAUUUGUUUUCAAAAUUCCGGCACGUACUUCCAAUCGAGGAUACAGAGCCGAUGAUUGGAAUUUGACUGAGCCUUCAUGGACUGGCCGCAUGAGGCUUGUUUGCAAGGGGUCACUUUGUACAAUUAAGUUAGAAGACAAAGCAACAGGAGAACUUUUUGCACAAUGCCCUAUAGAAAGUUAUCCGGGCAUUGCAGUAGAAGCUGUUACUGAUAGUUCUCGAUAUUUUGUUUUGCGGAUUCAAGACGGUUCAGGUCGAUCUGCAUUUAUUGGUCUUGGUUUUGGUGACAGAUCUGAUUCAUUUGAUUUCAAUGUUGCUUUACAAGAUCAUUUUAAAUGGCUUAAGAAAGAGCAAGAAAUUGAAAAAGAGAAGGUUGAACCUCAGCAAAAACUGGAUCUUGGUUUUAAGGAAAAUGAAACAAUUAAGAUUAAUAUGAAAAUAACGAAAAAAGAUGGUUCUGAAUCAUCAAAAAGCAAACCUAAAGUUGGAAUUAGUCCUCCAGGUUCUAGUAUUUUACCACCUCCACCUGGUAAUUCAAGUGGAAGGAUUGCUCCACCUCCGAGUAAUUCUGCAAAAUUAAGCCCAGCCCAUAAAAAUAAUGUCGCUGCUUCUGGACAAGACUGGGGAGAUUUUGCUUCAGCUGCAAGUGGUAAUGCUCCUGUGAAACCCCCAGCCGAAACGACAACAAAUAGCAAUUGGGUUCAAUUUUAAAUUAUAAUAUUGAAAGCAUUCCAAUCGAUCUUAAAUAUUUAAUAUAUGUUUGUAUAAUAAUCUACUUGUUUUAAAUUGAUAUAUCAUAUAUUUUAGAGACCCUAAUUGCAUAAAAAUAAUAUAUAUAUAUAUAUACAUAUAAAUCAAAUGUAUUACUUUAUAAGCAUAUCAUAAGUUGUUUUCUUUCUCACAUAUUCAUCUAAAAAUCAGAAA